CGUCCAACAGUAAUACUGUCAUUCACCAUGACUUGCAAAAACUUCUCAAAUACAUUAGGCACUAGUGUCCGUAGUGUUAUGACUAUACGCAUGUGACCAAAAUAUUAAAUGACAAAACUACGAUUAUCUAUAAAAUUAUAGCGAUGACGAGGCCAUGAUAUCUCCUUACCAUCAAGAUGGGUAUCAUGGUUAACAAAUUAUGAUGAAAGUAAUUGGACAAUAAUAAACGAAUCAGUGAAUUUUUAUUAGUGAUUUUUUUAUCAUCAACAUGAGUAAUCAUAUACCUACCAAUACAUUCUUUGGUAACUGAUGCAGUUAAUUUCACAGUUGUUUAUAAUUAUUUAUCGUCGUGGGUCGUUUACAAAAAAAUAUGGCGAAAAAACUGCAUUAUUUUAAUUUGAACGGUCUGGCUGAACCGAUAAGGUAUAUUUUGCAUUACACGAAACAAGAGUUUGAAGAUGUCAGACAUGGUUUUGAUAUGAAGAAAGAAGUAAAGGACAAACUCCCAUACGGCCAGUUACCAAUCUAUGAGGAAGGUGAACGCAUCCUCACGCAAUCCCUUGCCAUUGCCAAGUAUGUGGCUAGGAAUACUGAUCUGAUACCUGUGGAUCCUUGGGUAGUUGCUGUGGUGGAGGGCGCUGCGUACACUAUCUAUGAUUUUUGGUUGAAGAUUGUACCUUACAUCAAGGAACAGGAUCCAGAAAAGAAGAAAGAAUUAAAGAAACAUUUACUCGAAGAAACGAUUGAUUUCUUUUUCACGAGAUUUGAGAAACAUCUCCAGGAGAACGGUGGAUAUUUUGGCGGCAAGCUAACAUGGGUGGAGUUCAUCCUAUGCGGUAUAGUUGAGGCGAGCAAUCUCUUCUUAGACACAGAAUUGGAGAAGAAAUACCCAGCAGUUGAAGCUGUGGUGGAGAAGAUAAGGAAUCUUCCAGGAGUGAAAGAAUAUAUUGAGAAAAGAGGGCCAUAUGUUAUUGAUCAGUGAUUCACUGCUUUGAAUUAAAGGGAAUACUAAGUA